CUCAGCGCAAAUAGCUAGAGAUUUAUCUCGAGAAACACAUGUACCCCAGUACGACGACAAUCAAAACCUCCUCGCCGCGACCGAAUAUCGUCUCGGUGCGCCAUAGCAAGUCUUACCUCUCUGGCGUUGGAUUCAGUGAGCUCCGGCGUGGGUAUUCCUCGGUCUCAGCGGCCGUAGUAAGCAUUGUUCAUGUACUCAACCGCUCGUGUUUGUCUUUGAACAGCAAGAAGAAGGCGCCACAAAGGCUCGUGUGGGUCGUACCCCCAGCCGGUCUCUACUCGCCCUUUUUCUAUAAUUUUCCGGAAUUGAUCUCGAAAAGAAGAUCCGCCGCCAAAACAUCGCUCGUAGUUGCUAAUGCUUCUUUCGAGCUCAACGAUUAAUCGGUUGGUGUCAUUCGAAUACAUUGUAAGGACCUUGUAGUAUGUGAGAAGUGAGUGAGCUGAUUGGUGUUGGAUUUGGUUUUCGAUCGACUUAGACUUGAUGUUCGAUCAGAGAUCUUGGUAGAAAGUGGUGCUGAAAACUUUACCAGAAGACGAGAAAUAUCUAGUGUUUAAAUAGACAUGAAACUUGAUACUUUUGGGAUCAUAACAUUCAGAUUGCU